AAUGCAGCGAUGAAGAUGAUAGGAUUCGUCUUUCUUGCAAAGUUCGUUGUGAAUACAUCCACCACGGAUAAAUCAGUCUGAGCACUGAAGAAAUGUGAGAAUCAAGAUUUGAAUGUGUCGCGGCUAAGAAUGGAUAGGAGAAUAGUGUCUUUGUGAUGCAUGAUUUUUUCAGGAUUUGUGAUCCCUCGAUGACUUUUUUUUUGCAUCGAUAAUGUGAGGAUCCCAAAUGCUAAGACCAAUAUUCCGCAAUCAACUUAUUGCCAGAGCCAGCUACGGGACAAUGAGUAAGUGAAAAUGUGGUUUUUUUUAUGUCAAGAAAACGAAUUGCUGGGUAGGUCGAUGGUAGAGUUUUGGCUAUGGACGAAAGAAGAUGUUGGCAUCCUCUGAGAACUUGACAAGAGUAAGUAAGUUUCCUCGUCGCUAUUUAUUUUAGUUGCAAGAGUAUCAAAGCCAGGAGAGGUUGAACUCGAAAAGUCAAAAAUAGUAAGAAAAAUGACGUUUGUUCCCGGAGUGAAUCAGCAAGGCUUAAAGGCCGAGCAGGAAAAGAUCCUGCAGGAAGGCUUUUGGGGCUUUAGCUGGCCCGCAACGGGGUUCGGGCGGGAGAUGAAGCGACUCGCAGAAUCUGGAGAACCGUCUGGGCAGCACAACCUUGUCUCGAACGACGAGAGCUUCGAAGAAGUGCGCUGGCAGAUGUACCAAAACAUUGCGAAAGCGGGUUCUGUGCAAGCGGCUGCAGCGCAGAACCAAGCGUACUGGGUGGAACUCCAUAAAAAUUGUCUAGAACGGUAUUCAGUAGUUUUCGGCCAGGAUUUAGUGGCGAGAACGUUUGGACACAAGCUGCGUGCGAGUGGGGGAGCGGAGUUACGAGAGGAUAGCCUAUUUACACAACUGAUGCGACAUGCAGGAAUGCUAGGUCCCGGAAUCGCGACAGGGAGAAACGCGGCUAGCACCUCUGUCAAUCCUUCUACGUUUGGCGGCGCCGUCGCGAAAGCGAGUCCCUUUGCCAAUAUAAAUUUUGGAGCUGGCGGUGGAGGUGGCGCAGCGCCAGCUGCAAAUAAUCCCUUUGGUGCAAAGCCAGUUGCGCAACAAGGCGGUCUUUUCGCGGGUGCACAGCCGGGUGGAGCGGCACCAAGUGCUCCGGCAUUCGGCAGCGGCAUUGCACCAGCGGUAGCGGCAAACCCGAGCCCUUUUGGCCAGCAGCCAGCGGCAGCGAAUUCGAGCGCUUUUGGGCAGCAGCCGGGGGCAGCGAAUCCGAGCCCAUUCGGAUUGCAACCUAGUCAAGGUGGCGGUGGUUUAUUUGGACAGUCGGCAGCAGCAGCAGCAGCCAAUCCGAGUCCCUUUGGGCAACCAUCAGCACCACAUGGAGCAAACCCCUUUGGGCAAAAACCGGCUACCACGACUCUGUUUAGUCAGCAACCACAAGUGGCAGGAGCAGCAGCAACUAACACUUCUAGCGUGUUUGGAGGGCCACAUGCCACAACGACAACACCGCUAAUUCGACAGCCUCCUGGAGGAGCAGAAGCAACCCAAGGAUUAUUUAGAGGCGGCCAGGCACGUGGUGCUGUAGCACCGGCCGCAAACCCCUUUGGUCAAGUUUCAGCUGGCGUAGCAGCAGUACCAGCAGCUGCGACGAAUCCAUUUGGAGGUGGAGUCCCGCAACAGCAGUCGGGUGCCGUCCUUUCGCACGUGGGCACAUUUGGACAGGGAAGCGCACCGGUUGCCGCAGGUGCUAGUGUGUCUUUCGCACCACAAGUCGCUGCACCGCAACCCGCGCAACCCUUCGGCGGAGGACAAGCAUUUGGUGGAUUCGGUGCAGGUUCGUCGCAGCAGGGUGUCUUUUCUGGACAAGGUGCAGUGCCUGGAAGCACUCCUGGAGGAGGUGCAUUCGGCAUGUUAGGCGGCGGCCAGCAGCAGGCCGGCGUCUUCGGUGUACCACAGCAACAGGCACUGCGAACCUCGGCUUUUCCAAACUCUGGCUUUGGUGCCGGUAACCCGGUCGUCGCAGGAAAUCCAAUGGCAAGCGCUUUUGGUCUCGCGCGAGAUGCAAACUCGACCUUCGGACAGGGACAGGCAAACACUACUUCAGGAAAUCCCUUCGGCAACCAGAAAAAGAAAGCUGAGGUAGCUAAAGCGACCCAGGAUCUUCUAGGAGGUGACGACGACGACGAUGAGCCACCAACUGCAGCACCCAAGAAUGUGGCAUCAGGUGGAGGACCCGCAGGCGAUCUUUUUGGCGGACUACCAGGCGCACCAGCAGGUGACGGAGCACCACCCGGCGCACACGCGCAGCAGUUAAAUGCCGCAGCAGCCACGGCAGCAGCCCAAGAAGGGGAUGAAGCACAGAAACAGGCGAUUCGGGCUCUUUUCUUUUCUGCGGCGUUUGAUGACUGGAAGAUACCACUAGAACCACCUCCGGUAUGGCUUCGGCGUGAGUGGGGGUGUGAGGUCGACAAGGAGCACUGCAUCUACGCAAUUUGAGUUGCAGUGCUAGCAUUCUCGAAAAGUGAACCAUGAUUGGUGAAGUGCCCUCUUCUAUUUUACCAUAGCCGUUGUUUUUCCACCCAUCUGUUCUAGCCUUUUCCUUGUGAGGAAAGUGCUCUCCUGAACCCCAAUCGCCGUGAUAAUACCAAUCGACCCCGAUUCAAGUCACGUAAGUAAAUGUUUGUGCACUUGUAGACAAGAAGUAGGCAACAAAAAAUAUAAAGACGAAUGCCCUCUCUUGCGCAAUGAAAAGUGACGCCAUAAUGUUUCCUCCAUUUCCAAACGAUGUGAUAAGGCAGAGGCGGGAGGUCGUUUAAGCUAUCAGUUGAACAAAAUCUCGCAUGUACAGUAGUAUCUGUGUAUACUUAUUGACCGUUGC